AUGUCCGACGACGGCCCCCAUCUUAUAAGACCCAUCCCUCGCCGUCCCUUUGACCUGAACCACGCUGCUCCGACUCCUCCGGAAGACGACUCGUCCUCCCCCAGCCCGAACCCAGAACUCGAUUUGUCUAGACUACAAAAUGCCCAGACCACGUCUUCGGAGUCUGGCUCCAUACCACGCGCUCCGUCCGUACUGAACAUGACUGCAUCGACCUUGUUUGGCAUCUAUUCGCCAACCACAUACGGCAGAGACCGGGCCUACAAUGACCGAGAUGAGCCCGAUACUCUCUGGGGUACUGGGGCGCAAACACCAAUUAAGCGGGCCAAUGUCGACGACACAACGUUCGAGCUCAUGAAGGACCGCUCCAAACUGUCACGCCGACGGUCGUCGUACCGAAGUGGAGCGAAGACUCCGCCACCGUCAACAGCAACUAUGGCCCUGUUCAAUGUGUCACGCGUCGCACUACUCUUUGUAAUCGGCAUGGGAUAUGGAGUAAUGGUCACGAGGUUGCAAAACGAGCACAGGUUCUCAUCAUUCCAGGUUGACAGUAUGAUGAUGCCCGGCUACGACUGGCAAUAUCUUACAUUGUGGGGCUUGACCGGCGUGGUGCUUGGCAGCCUCCUCCCUUGGUUUGACGGCGUGUGGGAAAAUUCGUUUGGAAAGGACGAGGCAAUUGUAGAGGAGAGGAGCGGCAGUCCAUCACCAGAAGAUUCUAGCCCUGUAAAGGACUGGGCUCUAGUUGUCCGCAGCAUUGGUGCUUUUGUUGGCAUUGUUUUCGCCAUUCGGAAACUUCCCUGGGCGUCUACCCUCCAGGUAUCUCUCACCUUGGCGCUGGUCAACCCAUUUCUGUGGUACCUGAUUGACCGCUCGAAACCUGGAUUCCUGCUUUCGGCCGCCGUUGGCUUGGCGGGGUCGGCAGUGCUCCUCGGUAUCAACCCAGAUGUGAUGCCUACGCCUUCAUCUCUAACCUAUAGGAACGAGUCGGAGAGGGCCUACUCGGAGCCCAUCACUCUUGGGGGCCUCGCCAGCCAGGAAACUAUUGAGACGGGCAUCUGGAUGCUCAGCGUUUUGUUCUGCAGCUGCGUCUGCUUUGGCAACAUUGGCAGACGGUUGACAUUGAACAAGUCGGCAUCUGCGCGAGGCCGAUGGGCUGGUACCAGAUGA